AUGAUGGACACUGUGGCCUCCCCGUUGUCGCCGCAGGAGCCCCUUGCUAAUGGCAUUCCCUCCCCGACCUCCUUUGCCGCCAUCGAACCCGAGAAGAUCGUGCAGUACCUGGCCGCCGUCGUGACGAUAGCCCUUGGGGCGAGCCGCGAGGACUUGGAGAAAGACGGGAACCCUCUGUCGCCCGCAAACUACGCCGACACAGUCCAGAGAUGUACUCGCUUUGCGACCGAUUCGCAGGUAGCUCUCUACAUCCAGAAGGAGGUCGUGCCAACGCCCGAGGUGCCCGACGGCCCUGUUGACAACGUCCCUCCUGUAUACACAUAUUCCGUCACGAGCGAGAUCUCUGCGUCACCCACGACCGCCGCCUACCUCGCCCUCCUCAAGCGCCCUCAGGCCAUCGACCCCUCCCUACCCUUGACUUCUCAGAUUCAAAUCCAGACGUUGCCCGGUGCCGCCUCUCUCAGUAAUGUUGUUGCCGACCAAGGACCUUCCGCUUCGCCCUUCGAGAUUCUACAUACUAUUGUUCAUAAUGCCUUGGCUCCCUACUUCGAUGCCAACACCAAGUCCUCCCAGUCGGUCAACGGCGCCAGAAAUCGCACAGAUGUCGACGCCAAGACGGGCAUUCCCGUCACCAAGAAGCGCAUGACCGAGCUCGCCUUGAGUUUGCUACACCUGCAGCAGAAUGUCGAGAUACCCGAGCUCCUUCUGCCCUUCCACCCCGUCGUCCAGUCUGCCCUGGAGAAUGCCGCUGCUCAGGGUGCCAAGCCCUCGAUUGAUAUGAUACCCCCGACCCUCCUGUCCGACAGUACCUUCAUGAAUAGCUUACAGACAAGCGUCAACAACUGGAUCAAAGCGAUCCAGGGUAUCACGAAGCUGACCAGAGAUCCCGUGACGAGGACGGCAACCCAGGAGAUCAACUUUUGGCUGUCCAUGGAAUCCGCUCUCGAGGGCAUCGAGGUCCAACUGAGGAGUGAGGGUGUCAUGUUAACGUUGGAGAUACUGAAGCACGCCAAGCGUUUCCAGGCCACCGUCAGUUUCUCUUCUGAUACUGGCUUGAAGGAAGCCAUGGAAACUGUGCAGAAGUACAACCAGCUCAUGCGGGACUUCCCCCUUGAUGAGCUACUCUCUGCUACGUCAUUGACAAAGGUCAACGACGCCAUUGUCCAGAUCUUCGGCCACAUGAACAGGAAGAUGAGAUUCAGCAACUACCCCAUCAAAAGAACCCUGGAUCUUGUCGAGGCCAUUUCGGCUGACCUGAAGGAGGUAAUGCACCGCCUUCUACCCGGUACCGACCUGGUGAACCUCGAAUAUGACGACUUCAAAACUCUCAUGAGCACCGCAGAUGAGAUCUUCCAAGGUUGGGAUGCCCAGAUCAAGGAGUUCACCAACAUUGCGCGCGAGACUACGCGAAGGCGCCAAGAAAAGUUCAUUCCCAUCAAGAUCAGCCCCCGUCAUAGCGACCUGCAGGCACGGCUGAAGUAUAUCGCCACAUUUCGCGAAAACCACGAGCAGCUGCAACGGACUAUCGUCAUCGUUCUUGGCCCCAAGGCGAACGUGGACGGGGCCGAGUCCGCUGUGAACGGCGCCCCCCUGGGCGAGGAGCUCGGUGAUGUUGACGCCGUUGAGGAGGUUAAGCAAGCGUGGGAUUCGCUGAAAAACGUGGACCUGCUUGACGUCUCCGAUGAGGGCACUCAGCGAUGGGCCCGAGCUGAAAACACCUACAAUGAACGAACUACUCGCGUGGAGAACUCUAUCAUUGCUCGUCUACGUGACCGCCUGGCGACCGCAAAGAACGCCAACGAGAUGUUCCGCGUCUUUUCCCAGUUCAAUGCCCUCUUCGUUCGUCCCAAGAUCCGAGGAGCGAUUGCUGAGUACCAAAACCAGCUUAUCGAGAAUGUCAAGCAAGCUAUCUCUGCACUCCACGAGCGGUUCAAGCAGCAGUAUGGUCAUUCUGAGGCUCACGCCAUGGCCCAGCUGCACGAUCUCCCCCCUGUUUCUGGCGCCAUCAUUUGGGCGCGACAGAUUGAGCGGCAACUGGAUGGGUACAUGGGCAAAGUUGAAGACAUCCUUGGCUCUGAGUGGAUUCAUCACACAGAGGGACAGAAGUUGCAGACAGAGAGUGACCUGUUCAGAAAGAAGCUCAACACGCAGACAAUCUAUAAAGCCUGGAUCGAAGACGUUCAGAGAAAGAACAUCACCAUCUCGGGCCGACUGUUCAACAUCAACAAGAUCAGGUCCGCGAACAAUGCCCUGGAUCUUGCUGUCAACUUUGAUGCCCAGAUCAUCACCCUCUUCAAGGAGACCCGCAAUCUUGGUUGGCAGAACUUCAAUGUUCCUCACUCGGUAUCGAACACAGCCAAGGAUGCCAAGCGAGUGUAUCCUUUUGCCGUCAGUCUCAUGGAGAGCGUUAGAACUUACACACAAACGUCGAGACAGAUAACCGAGAUGGCCGAAGUCUCCAUUCUCCUCAGUGGCUACCAGCAUGACGUGCACAACCUGAUCGAAAGGGGCGUACCCUUAAAAUGGUCAUCUUUCCUUGAUGCCUGGGACGUACACAUGAGACAACACCUCCCGAAUGGCACUUUCGAGCAGUCUCUGGGCAGAAACACUGCUGGCAGCAAGCAUGUUCAGUUUGUCCGUGACUUCGCUACUGCCGCAUCACUUCUUCAGUCCAAGACCGUUGCUCUGGCCACGAUUCAUGCGACUAUUCAGAAGGCUUUGAAGGAGCUUGGGACCUGCCCCUACGAGGCGAAUGAGUUCGAGACACGGCUGCAAACAAUACAGGCCGCUGUUGACCAGCUGAACCUGGAGCAGUACGUGAACCUGGGGUUUUGGGUGGAGCAAAUGAAUGAGCGUAUCAAGACAACCCUACUUGUUCGCCUCCAGCAAGCAAUCACCAGCUGGAUUGAAGCAUUCGAAGAUGAGAACCCCAGCUCCACCGAUGAUAUUUUCCGCCGCAAAGCACUGGCGCCCUCCGGUGAACCCUUGAAAUCAGAUGCGCCAACUCUGAAGAACCUGGUGCAUGAGAUUACCAUGAGGAACCAAGUGAUCUAUCUCGACCCUCCUUUGGAGUAUGCCAGAGCCAGCUGGUUCUCCCAGCUCCACGACUGGCUCGGGGUUGUUUGCAAUCUACCCAAGAUCAAAGCUUCACGAUACCAGAUGACUCUUUCUCUGGGCACUGCCGCUGCUGAGGAGGUUCGGUUCACGGAUCUUCCCGCAGACUGCACUGAUAUGCUGACCACCGUCUACGUCUCCGUGGAGAAGAAGAUCUCGCACAUCGGUGAAUAUGUCGAAAAGUGGUUGCAAUUUCAAUCUCUCUGGGACUUGCAGUCAGAACAGGUGUAUGAGUUGCUUGGAGAGGAACUUUCCAAGUGGCUGCAGUUGCUCCAAGAGAUCCGCAAGUCUCGUGCAACUUUUGACACCACUGAAGUCAGCAGAUCGUUUGGUCGCAUCACCAUCGAUUACGAGCAAGUUCAGACCAAAGUGAAUGCCAAGUACGAUCAGUGGCAGCAUGAGAUCUUGAUGAAGUUUGGUAGCAGAUUGGGCGGCCGCAUGAGAGACAUUCACGCCGAGAUCGAGAAAGCCCGUAAAGAUCUUGAGGGGCAGACUCUUGAGGCAACGUCAACUGCUCAGGCCGUCCAGUUCAUAACCAUCGUCCAAUCGUGCAAGCGUAAUGUCAAGAUCUGGGCACCCGAGGUCGAGGUCUUCCGACAGGGUCAACAGAUGCUCCAGCGUAACCGCUACCAAUUCCCCAACGACUGGCUUGACAUCCAACAAAUUGACUCUCAGUGGGAUGCCCUCAAUGAUCUUUUGGCUAGAAAAUCGAGAAUUGUGGAAGACCAGACAGAUGCUCUCAAAGCGAAGAUCACGGCCGAGGACCAGGUCGUCACAGGUAAGAUUGCCGAGAUUGCAAACCAGUGGAACGAAGAGAAGCCCGUGUCUGGCACCAUUGCUCCUGAGGUUGCAGCCAGCACACUCAAGUCCUUCGAGUCCCGCAUCAACAAGCUGCAAGAAGAAUUUGAAAUGGUCGCCAAGGCCAAAGAAGCUCUCGACCUUCCUGCAAGCCAGGAGACGUCUCUUGGCAUAAUUCUGGAGGAAGUCCACGACUUUCAGUCGGUAUGGGCGGCCUUGUCGACCAUUUGGAACAGUCUCAAUGAGCUUGGCGAAACGCUGUGGCCGAGCGUCCAGCCCAGGAAGAUUCGUACGUCCAUUGAUGGCUUGAUCAAGAUGACGAAGGACAUGCCGAGUAGAAUGCGUCAAUAUGCUGCAUUCGACCAUAUCCAGACUAUCCUUCGUCAAUAUCUGAAAGCCAACAGCAUUUUGAGCGACCUCAAAUCCGACGCCAUCAAGGAACGUCAUUGGGAAAAGAUAUGGAAAGAACUCAAGCCUGGCAAACGCUACUCGCAGGUUUCUACGACUCUCAGAGAUGUGUGGGACCUCAACCUUGUUGCCAGUGAAGUCAUCAUCCGCGGUGUUAUCCAGCAAGCUGUCGGGGAAAUGGCGCUCGAAAGAUCUUUGAAGGAGAUCAAGGAGACUUGGGAAAACUACUCCUUGGACCUCACGAACUACCAAAACAAGUGCCGCCUUAUUCGCUCUGAAUGUUACGAUGACAUGAACACCAAGUCUGGCGAGAACCUGAACAAUCUUCAAGGCAUGAAGAUUUCGCCCCACUACAAGGCCUUUGAACAGGAGGCUGCCAGCUGGGAAGCUAGAAUGAACGAACUCGGUGUACUGCUCGAUGUCUUCCAGAAGGUCCAGCAGAAAUGGGUAUACCUUGAGGGAGUCUUCACCGGCAACGCCGACAUCAAGCACCUGCUCCCUCAUGAAUCCCAGAGAUUCCAAAAGCACAACGGCUCAUUCAACAAUAUCAUGAAGGCAGUCACUAAGAAGCCCAUGGUUCUUGAAGUUCUACGUAUCCGAGACAUCCAAAGCAACCUUGAGAAGGUGCUUGAAGGUCUAGGCGCUGUCGCAAGCGGACUCGAACAGUAUCUCGAGAAGGAGAGAGCUUCAUUCCCUCGGUUUUACUUCGUAGGAAACGAGGAUCUCCUGGAGAUGAUCGGAAACAGCAACGAUACCAUGCGCAUCACAAAGCACUUCAAGAAGAUGUUUGCAGGUAUCAACAGUCUCAUCAUGGACGACAAUGGCAUCAUUUCCGGAUUUACGUCCAAGGAAGGCGAGGUUGUUACCUUGAAAAAGGAAAUCUCGCUCGUCAAAGUGCCCAGGAUCAAUGAUUGGCUUUCACUGCUCGAAACUGGCAUGAAGGCCACACUCGCGGAACUGCUAGCUGAAGCUGUAGAGGCUUUCACGCCUAUUUUCAACGCUGAGAAGAUUGAUCAAGCCUCCUUAAACUCAUACAUCGAGCAGUAUCCUAGCCAGGUCAUGGUUCUUGCCACCCAAGUGGUCUGGACUACGGCGGUUGAGAAGUCCCUGAAUGAAGGUGGCAAGAACCUCCAGUCUGUGUAUGACCAGGAAGUCCAACUUUUGGAGCUUCUGGCUGAGACGGUGCUUGGUGAUCUCGAGGUCAUUCAGAGAAAGAAGUGCGAAGCUCUUAUCACAAACUACGUCCACCAACGUGAUUUGAUCGAGAAGUUGAUCAAAGCCAACGCCAACUCCCCCAGUCACUACCUCUGGCUUAUCCAGAUGCGCUACGCAUACGUGCCUGAAGGAGAGUUCAUCGACCGGCUUCAAAUCAAGAUGGCGAACGCCACCCUCAACUAUGGCUUUGAGUAUCUUGGUCUGUGCCAGAGACUCGGUGGCUCGCCAUACGGCCCUGCUGGUACCGGAAAAACCGAAUCCGUCAAGGCCCUUGGUGUGGAACUCGGUCGUUUCACUCUGGUCUUCUGCUGUGACGACACAUUUGAUGAUGGUGCCAUGGGCCGUAUCUUCCUUGGUAUCUGUCAGGUCGGAGCGUGGGGUUGUUUCGAUGAGUUCAAUCGACUUGAGGAGCGAAUCCUAUCAGCUGUAUCCCAGCAAAUUCAGGACAUCCAGCUUGGCCUAAAGCAUGAGUCUAAGAUUAUCUUGAAGAAAGACUCGGGCCCUAUUCUGGUCAACACGAACAGUGGAAUCUUCAUUACCAUGAACCCCGGUUAUGCCGGUCGUUCCAACCUACCGGACAACCUCAAGAAGCUUUUCCGAAGUGUUGCUAUGUCAAAGCCAGACAAGGAGCUUAUCGCCGAGGUCAUGCUGUACUCGCAGGGUUUCAAGCAAGCCAAACAGCUCUCAAAACAAGUGGUGCCGUUCUUCGACAAAUGUUCAGCAAGACUCUCGAAGCAAGCACAUUACGACUUCGGACUCCGUGCUUUGAAGAGUGUCCUUGUCAGCUCAGGUGGUCUAAAACGGUCUCGACUAGCGGUUACCGGCGGCAAUAUUGGCGCCGAGGAUGUCGUAGAGCCUGAGAUUAUCGUUCAGAGCGUUCGUGAGACGAUUGCGCCUAAAUUGAUCCAAAGCGAUACGGAGAUUCUAGUGGAUGUGGAGGCAGAUUGCUUCCCUGGCGUCGAAUACGUACCUCGUGACUUGGCGGAACUGGAAGAGGCUAUUCGACGAUUAGCCAAAGAACGACAUCUAGUUGUCAGCGACACGUGGAUGACCAAGGUCCUUCAGUUAUGCCAGAUCCAAAAUAUUCAUCACGGUGUCAUGAUGGUCGGAAACUCUGGAUCCGGAAAGUCUGCAGCCUGGAGACUGCUUCUCGAUGCUCUCCAAAGCGUUGAAAAGGUCCAAGGUGUUUGCCAUAUUAUUGACUCCAAGGUCAUGUCCAAGGAGGCUCUCUAUGGAACGCUCGAUCCAACUACACGCGAAUGGACCGACGGUCUAUUCACGGCCAUUCUGCGUACGAUCGUCGAUAACCUCCGUGGUGAGGACAAGAAGCGCCACUGGAUUGUGUUCGAUGGUGACGUUGACCCCGAGUGGGUUGAGAACUUGAACUCCGUGCUAGACGACAACAAGCUGCUUACUCUGCCUAAUGGUGAGCGUUUGAACCUCCCAUCAAAUGUUCGAGUCAUGUUUGAGGUCGAAACCCUGAAGUAUGCUACGCUUGCCACUGUCAGUCGAUGUGGUAUGGUAUGGUUCAGCGAAGAUGUUGUCAACCCUGACAUGAUGGUCUCACACUAUCUUGACGGGCUUCGCAGCGCUGCUUUCGAGGACUUGGACGAGGAUAUAGUAAUCGAUACGACCGCCGCACAAGCCCUCGAUGUUCAAAAGCAGGUCGCCGAUCUAUUACAUGAUUUCCUCACCACGGACAGGUUCCUCCUGGCUGCGCUUAAGGAAGCACAGGCCUUCAACCACAUCAUGGAGUUCACAACUACUCGAGUUCUCACAACCUUAUUCUCCCUCCUGAACAAAUCCAUUCGCAACAUCAUUGAGUAUAAUGCCCAACACAGCGACUUUCCAUUGGAUGCUCAGCAGGUUGAAGACUACACUGCCAAGAGACUGCUACUCGCUCUGGUUUGGUCCCUAACUGGUGAUUGCCCUCUGACUGAUCGCAAGACCUUCGGAGAAAGAAUUGCGGCUCGAGCGAACUUUGGCUCACCGCCAUUGGAUGAGUCGAGCUCCUUGAUCGACUUUGCCGUAUCCCUUCCCCAAGCUGAAUGGAUACCUUGGCAGAAUGAAGUUCCUACCAUUGAAGUCAACACGCACUCCAUCACUCAAACCGACGUGGUUAUCCCCACUCUUGACACUGUUCGUCAUGAAGAUGUGCUUUACUCUUGGCUCGCCGAGCACAAGCCCCUCAUGCUUUGCGGUCCUCCCGGUUCGGGUAAGACAAUGACGCUGUUCAGUGCACUUCGCAAGUUACCCAACAUGGAGGUCGUCGGUCUCAACUUCUCCAGUGCGACCACGCCUGACUUGCUCAUCAAGACUCUUGACCAAUAUUGCGAUGAACACAAGCAGCCCGGUGGUGCCAUUCUUACUCCAAAGCAAAGUGGUAAGUGGCUGGUGGUCUUCUGUGACGAGAUCAACUUGCCUGCUCCUGACAAGUACGGCACUCAACGCGCCAUCUCCUUCAUACGGCAAUUGGUUGAACAUAACGGCUUCUGGAGAACAAAAGAGAAGCGAUGGGUCACUCUUGACAAGAUCCAAUUCGUCGGAGCUUGCAACCCGCCUACUGAUGCCGGCCGUACACCACUCACCCUGAGAUUCCUUCGACACGCGCCACUCAUCAUGGUAGAUUAUCCUGGCGAGAUCUCUCUCAACCAGAUCUACGGUACUUUCAAUAAUGCGGUUCUGAAGAUCGUACCGUCUUUGCGCCCACACUCUGAUCAGCUCACCCAAGCCAUGGUCCGAUUCUAUCUCGAGUCCCAACAGAGGUUCACCGCAAAGAUCCAGCCUCACUAUGUAUACAGUCCUCGUGAGUUGACCAGGUGGGUUCGUGGUGUAUAUGAGGCAAUCAAGCCACUUGAGAACUUGUCUGUAGAAGGCAUUGUUCGCAUCUGGGCACACGAGGCGCUGCGCCUCUUCCAAGAUCGUCUCGUUUCCGAGGAUGAACGACGAUGGACCGCCGAUGCCGUCAAGCGCAUUGCCAUGGAAUACUUCCCCAACAUUAAUGAGGAGAAGGCUAUCGGUGGGCCCAUCCUCUUCUCGAACUGGCUGUCGAAGCACUACGUCCCGGUCGAGCGAGAAGAAUUGCGAGAGUUUGUCAAGGCUCGUCUCAAGACUUUCUGUGAGGAAGAGGUUGACGUUCCCUUGAUCCUAUUCAAUGAGGUUCUCGAACAUGUUCUACGCAUCGACCGAGUCUUCCGCCAGCCACAGGGUCAUUUGAUCCUGAUUGGUGUCAGUGGUAGUGGCAAAACAACGCUUUCAAGAUUCGUGGCGUGGAUGAACGGUAUGAAGGUUUUCCAGAUCAAAGUACACGGUAAAUACUCGGCUGCCGACUUUGAUGACGACCUGAGAGAUGUCCUUCGCCGUACAGGAUGCAAGGGCGAGAAAAUUUGCUUCAUCAUGGACGAGGCAAAUGUCCUGGACUCCGGUUUCCUCGAGAGAAUGAACACCCUACUUGCCAAUGCAGAGGUGCCUGGACUGUUCGAGGGAGACGAUUUCGCUACGCUGAUGACCGCUUGCAAGGAAGGUGCUCAGAGAGAAGGUCUCCCACUGGAGUCGGAGGAAGAACUUUACAAGUGGUUCACAGGACAGAUUGUCAAGAAUCUGCACGUGGUGUUCACCAUGAAUCCUCCUGAGGAGGGUCUCUCUUCUAAAGCGGCCACUAGUCCCGCCCUUUUCAACCGUUGCGUGUUGAACUGGAUGGGAGACUGGUCUGACCAGGCCUUCUUCCAGGUUGCGAGCGAGUUGACGGCAUCUGUUGACCUCGACAAAGCUGACUUUACCGCGCCCAACUCCAUUCCUGUGGCUUAUCGUGGUUUAAGUUUGCCUGCAACGCACAGAGACACCAUUGUCAACUCGAUGGUCUACAUUCACGAUUCCAUGCACCGCUUUAACUCCAAGCUGCGUGUGCAACAGAACAAGAUCACCUUCCUGACACCACGUCAUUUCUUAGAUUUCGUGGCACAGUUCACGAAACUGUACGGUCAGAAGCGUGAGGAUCUUGAGGAACAGCAACGCCAUUUGAAUGUUGGUCUGGAGAAGAUUAGAGAUACGGCACAAGAAGUCGACAGGAUGCAACACAGUCUCGAGAAAACACGACAAGAACUGCAGGCCAAAGAGAAGUUGGGUCGUGAGAAGAUGGACCAGAUUAUCUCAAAAUCUAGGCAGAACGAGGAUGAUACGCGAAUAUCCGAGGAGCUCAAGGUGAAGCUCGCACAACAGACAAAAGCUAUUGAAGAGCGGCAGAGAGCAGUACAGGAAGAAAUCGAAACAGCUCUGCCAGCAGUUGCAUCAGCACGGGAGGCCGUUGACAACAUCAAGAAGCAGCAGCUCUCCGAAGUUCGGGCUAUGAACAAUCCACCAGUACCUGUCAGAACUACUAUGCAGGCGGUUUGCAUCAUGCUACACAAGACUACCGGCCCAGCAGACUGGGGUGUGGUGAAGCAGGGCAUUCGAGACGACCAACUCACCUCCAAGGUUUCAGGUUAUGACACUCACACUAUGCUUACCAAGCCUAUCCGCAAAUUGAUCAAAGAAACAUACAUCAACGACCCGAAGUUCAAUUUCGAGAAUGUCAAUAAAGCCAGCAAAGCCUGCGGACCCCUAGUUUUGUGGAUCGAAGCUCAGGUCAAAUACGCGGAGAUCCUUGACAAGAUGGGCCCGCUGACGCAGGAGAUCACAGAUCUAGGGGCAACUGCGAAGGUGACCCAGCAAGAGGCUGCAACUGUCGAAGCCAAAGUCCAACAGCUCGCUAAGGAAUUAGAAGAAUACCAGCAAGAGUACCAGGUCCUUUCUGGUGAUAUCGAUAAAACCAAAACACUACUCAAGCAAGUGAACGAAAAGGUUGAACGCAGCAAGAACCUCUUAGGCAGUCUUUCCUCGGAGAGAGUUCGAUGGGAAGAGUCAAGCAGAGGGUUCGAAACCCAAAUCGCUACCUUGGUUGGAGACGUCUUGGUCGCCGCUGCUUUCUUGGCCUACAGCGGUUUGUACGACCAGACUUUCCGCAAGUCUUUGAUGGAGGAUUGGUUGCACCAGCUGGAUAUGUCUGGCGUGAAAUUCAAGCAGCCAAAUCCCAUCACGGAAUAUCUCUCGACCCCGGACGAUCGGCUAGGUUGGCAAGCAAACGGUCUACCGGUUGAUGAUCUUUGCACCGAGAAUGCCAUCAUCCUUAAUCGUUUCAAUCGAUACCCUCUCAUCAUUGACCCGUCUGGCCGCAUAACCGACUUCUUGCAAAAGGAGUCUAAGGAGCGCCGUCUCACCGUGACGAGCUUCCUGGAUGGUAACUUUGCCAAACAACUCGAAAGCGCUAUCCGCUUUGGCAAUCCCAUCUUGAUUCAAGAUGCAGAGCAUCUGGAUCCUCUUCUGAACCACGUUCUGAACAAAGAAUACCAGAGAACUGGUGGCCGAGUUCUUAUUCAGCUUGGAAAGCAGCAAAUCGACUUUUCGCCAUCUUUCAAGCUUUUCCUAUCCACGAGAGAUCCAUCCGCCGCAUUCCCUCCGGAUAUCUGCAGUCGAACGACCUUUGUCAAUUUCACUGUGACCCAGAGCAGUUUACAGACCCAGUCGCUUAACGAAGUACUCAAGUCUGAAAGGCCUGAUGUCGACGAGAAACGGUCAAACCUCAUCAAGUCUCAAGGCGAGUUCAAGGUUAUCUUGCGCCGGCUUGAGAAUGAUCUUCUGCAAGCUUUGAAUAACUCGCGCGGUAACAUCCUCGAAGACGAUACCAUCAUCGCCACGCUCGAGAGACUCAAGAAAGAAGCUGCCGAGAUCGCCGCCAAGAUGAGCGACACGGAAGGUGCUAUGGCUGAGGUGGAGCAGACCACAAGCCAGUACACAGUUGUUGCCAAAUCCUGUGGUGCCAUAUUUGCCGUGCUCGAUCAACUACACAACCUUGGCCGACAAGGUCGUUUCUACCAAUUCUCUCUCCAAUAUUUCUUGGACAUUUUCCACUCUGUACUGCAUGACAACAAGAACUUGGCAAAUGAAUCAAGGCAAAACUUCGAAAACCGUCGGAGGAUCAUUGUUCAGGACCUUUUCGUGACCACGUUCAAGCGCACUGCAGUUGGUCUUUUGCAGCAGGACCUCGUCACGUUUGCCCUGCUUCUUGUGCAAGCUCUACCGCCUACUUUGUACGACAUGGACAAAAGCUUGAUCGAUGUCAUCCUGGACACAAAGGUAGAAGGUCAAGACCUUUCUACAGACGUUGACGCCAAAGACGAAGUUUUCGCUAGAGCGAGGGAGGUUAGGGUUCUUGGAGACAAACUCGACCAGGUGCCGGCUGCCGCAUGGGACACGUUCUUGACUGAAGAGCAGGCUGAGAAAUUUGUGCCACAGAUCGGUGAUCCCAACAUGAAGCUGUUUGACCAGGGUCUGCUCUCACUUCUCAUCGUCAAGUUGUUCCGUCUUGAUCGUUUCCUCCCCGCUGCAGAGCGCUUCGUUACGAGCGUCCUGGGAAGCGACUUUUUCGAUGUCACAGAAGACCUCAAGCAGACCAUGGACAGAGCCUCGGCAACAACCCCGAUUUCGUUAAUCUCCAGUCCAGGCUUUGACGCAAGCUACAAGGUCGACAGCUUGGUCGAGCGCGAGCGUGUCAAAUGCACCAGUAUCGCCAUGGGUUCCAAACAGUCCCAAGAGAUAGCUAGCAAAGCUGUCAGCGACGCUGGGGCCAACGGAAACUGGGUGCUUAUCAAGAACGUGCAUCUUACCCCAGAUUGGCUUCAAUCCGUGGAGAAGGUCAUGGAAUCGCUCAAGCCGCUACCUGGCUUCCGUCUUUUCUUGUCCAUGGAGGCGAGCGACAAGAUCCCUAUCAAUUUCUUGAGAGCCUCCAGAAUCCUCAUGAAUGAGCAGCCUGCAGGUGUCAAGGCCAAUAUGAAGGACACCAUGAGCUCAGCCUCUACCAGAGCUGCCAAGGAUCCUGGCGAGAGAAAGAGGCUCUACCUACUGCUGUCGUUCUUGCACGCUGUGGUCCAAGAGCGCCUGCGAUAUGCGCCCAAGCUUGGAUGGAAGGGCUUCUGGGAGUUCAACGAUGCUGAUUAUGAAUGCUCAGCCUUUGUCAUCGACACUUGGAUUGAAUGGGCUGCCCAGACUCGCAGCCAUAUCGCACCGCAGAAUAUCCCCUGGGAUAUGAUCUGCUACUUGGUUCGCGAGUCCUACGGUGGCAAGAUUGACGAUGAGGGUGAUUUCAAUAUCCUCACAGAUCUGGUGUACAAGGUCCUGCAGCCGGCUGCCUUCGAAGAUGGGCACAAGCUUGUCGAAAGCACCGAGACCGAAGAAGGGCUCGAAGUCCCCAGCGGUACUACACUCCAGCAGUUCAAUGACUGGAUCAACAAGCUGCCAGAGCGUGAACCGCCUACGUACCUCGGCUUACCAGCCAAUGCAGAGAAGAUCUUGCUCGUUGCGCAGGGCAGAGAGCUCAUUGCAAAGACGAAGGACAUUGGUACCAAGCUGAACGAAGCCGAGCAGUUGAUGGAAGACGAGGCGCCAACCGAGGCUGCCUAG